AUGUACUUUUUGCUUAGUCACUUGUCCUUUGUAGACUUAUGUUCCUCUUCUUCCAUUGCCCCCAAGAUGCUGUGUGAUAUCUUUGCAAAUCAAAGAAGCAUCUCCUUCAUGGGUUGUGCUGCACAGAUGUUUUACUUUGGUCUUUUUGUGGCCACUGAAUGUUUCCUGCUGGCUUCCAUGGCCUAUGAUCGGUAUAUGGCCAUCUGUAAGCCCUUGUUGUACACAUUCAUCAUGUCCCAGAGGGUCUGUGUGCAGCUGGUUAUAGGCCCUUAUGCUGUGGCUCUUGUAAGCACUAUGACCCAUACGAUUCUCACUUUUUGCUUACCCUUCUGUGGUCCAAAUGUGGUCAAUCACUUUUUCUGUGAUAUUUCACCACUGCUUUCCCUUGUGUGUGCAGACACCCGGAUCAAUAAGUUGGUGCUUUUCACCUUGGCUGGAGCAAUAGGAGUGCUCAGUGGCCUGAUCAUCAUGAUCUCCUGUGUUUGCAUCCUGGUGGCCAUCCUGAGGAUCCAGACUGCUGAUGGGAGGAGGAAAGCUUUCUCUACUUGUUCUUCUCACCUGGCAGCUGUCUCCAUCCUAUAUGGGAGUCUUUUCUUCAAUUAG